AAAUGAAAAUGCAAAAAUAUUUGCGUACAUUCCGCAUUACCACUCACUUCCAUCGUCGACUCCACCAUACUUCCGCCAUGGCUACACCUUCACCUUCUUCUUCAUUCCUCUCCUCGUUCAUUAAGAAUUCUAACCCUAACAUCCGCAAAUCUCUCAACAUCAAUCGCACCUUCAAAUUUUAUCCUAUACGCUCCAACAAUUCUAAUCAAUCUUCCAUUGAUAUCAAAUCACCACAACAACAACGACAAGGAGAAGAAUCGUUUCUUCUCUCUAUCUCCUCGAAACGGUCCGUCGCUGUUGCUACCGGUGAGCUUUUUAUUGGAAUCGCUUCUCGUUUUAUUAAUUUUCAAAGAAAUAAGAGGAAUUUGGUUAUGGACGAAGAAUCGACGGUUUUAACGGGGGAUUUCAGUGAGGAAUCGGAAAAUGGAGAGAGAAUUGCGUCCGUAAUGGAGGAUCCUUUGCAACCAGAGGUUGUUUGGGAACAGAGAGAAAAGGAUGUUGAAGAAGAGCAACGAAGAAUGGAGGUUACUAGUCCUGGGUUUAGUUUUUCUGCUGCUGGACUUUUGUUUCCUUAUCACCUCGGAGUUGCUCAAUUUCUUAUCGAAAAUGGCUAUAUUAAGGAUACAACUCCUUUAGCUGGUUCCUCAGCUGGUGCCAUUGUUUGUGCAGUGAUUGCCUCUGGAAGCACCAUGCAGGAUGCUCUACAAGCAACCAAAAUUUUAGCUGAAGACUGCCGGACGGGAGGAACAGCAUUCCGACUUGGGGCUGUUCUUAGAGAUAUUUUACAAAAGGUCCUGCCAGAGGAUGCUCAUACAAGGUGCAAUGGUCGAAUACGAGUGGCUGUAACACAAAUUGGAUGGAGACCAAAGGGGCUACUUAUAGAUCAGUUUGACUCUAGAGAAGAUCUUAUCAAUGCGCUAUUCACGUCUUCUUUUAUUCCUGGCUAUCUUGCUCCAAGACCUGCAACAAUGUUUAGGAAACGGCUUUGCAUAGAUGGAGGUUUAACACUAUUCAUGCCGCCAACAUCGGCAUCUCAAACAGUUCGUGUUUGUGCCUUCCCUGCUAGUACUUUACGAAUGCAAGGCAUUGGAAUUAGUCCAGACUGUAACCCCGAGACUAGGCUUAGUACUCGGCAGCUUUUCAAUUGGGCGCUUGAGCCAGCAGAUGAUUUUGUGCUUGAUAAACUCUUUGAGUUUGGAUACUCGGAUGCUGCUACAUGGGCACAGGAUAACCCAGUGAGUUUGAUAGUCCAUGAGGAGAAACCCCAACCCCAAGGAUUGGUUUGAGUUAUUUGACAUCCUACAUUUUUUUGGAAUUCUCAAGUAAAUAUAGUUUUAUAUAGUUUUAGGACUUUGAUUACUUGAUUCUUAAUUCUUAUCUUUAUUAUUACUAAUUAAGAGAAAAUAGGAUAGUGAUUGUACGCAUUGGGUUUUCCAUGUGUUGCCUAUAUAUAUAUAUAGAUUGAUUUUUCAUUGUCUAUGGAGUUAAAUAUUUAUAAAUUAAUAUUUCUUUAGUUUUUU